AUGCAUAUCACCAAGAAAUUCGAUCGCGCCUUCCAAUGGGCCGGGGAGAAGAUGGGCGGCGAGGCCAAGUCUGGCCAGACGGACGAGUUCAGAAUGCUCGAGGGGGAAAUGAAUCUCCGCCAGCAAGGAACCGAGCGCCUUCAGAAGUCGACCAACGCCUACCUUCGAUGGAUGAGCCGUCGCUGCGACGCCCUUGAGGACAGAGAGCGGGCCGCUCCAGUGGGAUACCAUGGUCGCAUCAUGGCUGCCCAUGGCGAGGAGUUCGAGGCCGACUCUCAGCUCGGUACCUCGCUCGUCGCUCUUGGACAGGCCCAUGAGCGCAUCGCAGUCCUCCAGGAGGGUUUUGUCGAACAAGCCAAUGCCACCUGGGGUGAGAACCUGGAGCGAAACAAUACGAUGAUGAAGGAGUAUCAAACUGCUCGCAAGAAGCUCGAGAAUCGACGCCUCGCCUACGACGCCAGCACUGCCAAGAUGCAAAAGGCCCGCCGUGAUGAUUUCCGUGUCGAAGAAGAGGUCCGAACAAACAAGGCCAAAUUCGAAGAGUCUACCGAAGACGUAUACCAGCGCAUGGUCGACAUCAAGGAGGCCGAAGCCGAUAACGUCGCUGCCAUCACCGACUACCUCGAUGCCGAGCUAGAUUACUACGAGCGCUGCGCCGAAGAGCUGCGCCGAGCCCGCCAGAACCUGGUGGCUGGCAACAGCGAACCCGCCCAGUACAGAAUGUCCCCUCCUCGCUCCCGUCCCACUCGAUGCCCUCCUGCUGUUCGUCGCGCCAGCACUGCCCGCUCAUGGCAGGAUGAAGAACCCGCACAAGAACCUGAGCCGCUGUCCGCUCGUAUGCGAAACGUCUCCCCCGGCACUCGUGCUGCUCCUCCCCCUCCCCAGCCACCACGGCCUUCAAUGGGCCGAUCUAUCACAGAGGGACGAGCUACACAGCGAUCGGGCGGCGCUCCACCCCCUCUCCCUCUCAGCCGCGUGCGAACAGACGGCCUGGCAUACGGUAACCGUACAGAUGAUAUCUUUGAUGACCGCUCGGCCUCCAGCGGAAGCGGCAGCCCAGACUAUCCUGAACGAACAUUGACGCCAGCGACUUCUUACGGCAGCCUCAACCGUACUAUCAGUGCAUCAGGCGUCAAAAAGGCGCCCCCUCCUCCUCCACCCGUUAACCGGGCCAAGAAACCAGCUCCACCACCAGUUCCUACACGCAGGGACCUGAGAUACUGA